CUGCAAUCAUUUUUAUUUUACUACCGCCGCGAAUGAUCGGGCAUGGACGUCUCUACAAAAACUAAUGAAGAUCACUUUCUGCGGCGCGACAAGGGAGCUAGUCCCGAGAUACAGAGGUUGUGUCAGUCUAAAUGCAAACGCUACGCAUGCGACAUCCAGAAGUGUCUAGAGCGUAACAGCUACCAGGAAAAAUCGCUCUUACGCCAGCGAGCCGAUCGGAUGAUGCGCCACCCUCUUCAAACGAUUUCUUUAAUACGCGGACGUUGA